UAUGCAUGUAUUCCUGAGCUAAUUUUUGCUACCUUGUUUGUAUACAAUUUCUCAAUAUACAGGUUCAGUCGAUUGAUAAACACAGGUGAUGCCGAUAAUGAUUUGAACUUGGGUGCCUCGUUAUUUCAGCUGUAUGGAACCAGUGACUUUGGAGGUGUCAGUUCAUUAGCCCAGCAUAGUCAGACACCAGAGGUUACUACUCAAGCUAUUGUAGUGACAGAUAAUAAUACUAUGAUAUGCCCAGUACAAACUACUGCUGUUGGAUCACAUAAUUUGGUUUUUGGGAUGCCUGAAGGAUGUGAAAGGAGUACUUGUGAAUAUUAUGUUGGAUUGUCACCUAAUCCAUCAGAUCCAACUUAUCUUGAUGUAUAUCUUGAGGGUAAUGCUGCUGGAUGGAUAGCUAUUGGAUUCUCCCUAAACACACAAAUGGAGAAUGAUGAUGUAUUGGGUUGUCGUGUUAACUCUGAUAAUGUAACAGUAGUAGAUACAUGGAAUCCUUCUCCUAGACAAGAAGCUAAUGUGCUUGAUGCUACACAGGAUGGACUGUGUGUUCAAUCUACAUCAUUCACUAACAGUAGAAUAACCUGCAGUUUCAGUAGGACUAUCGUAGUUACUGAUGUGGGUCAGGAUUAUAACCUAGACAGUUCUUAUUAUCUAUUGUUUGGUAGAAGAGCUGCAG